CGGAAGUAGUUCUUGUGCCUGUGUCCACGGGAAGUAAUUAGGUAUAUUUGUAUUCCUUGGAACGGACAUUAGAUCAAUAUGAAGAGGAGAUCACAAGUGGGGUUAAUUCACACUCUGCAUUUGGCAUUGCUGAGGAAACUUGGCUUGCAGUGUAAAUUCCAAAGUGGUAGACGACCAACUGCUCCUCUUGGUUCCCGGAUUUUAUCUGAUCCUAGCAAAGUAUAUGAACAUAAUAUGUGGGAUCACAUCCAGUGGACACCUGAACAGGAAGAGCUUGCUAGACAAAAAGCUGAAGAAAAUUCCAGCAUUAAAGUUUCAAUGGAAGACCAAGUCCAAUAUGACAAAGAUGCCAGUGUCUACUGGGACAAAUUCUACAGAGCUCAUCAAAAUAAAUUCUUCAAAGAUCGUAGAUGGUUGUUCCAGGAGUUUCCUGAACUAUUUCCAAAUAGAGCAUUCGAUGGGAAUGAAGGGGUUAAGGAAUCAACACAUAAUUCUGCAGGUUUGGGUCAAGCAAAGUUGGAUUGUUUUAACAAGACAUGUGAUAAACAACAUAUUGCUGAUACUGUACAGAAAGAAAAUCCUGUAAAACAAACAAAGAGCGGCAAAAAUUUGGAAUAUAUGAAGCAAGACAAGAGGAGGACAGACAUGUGGAAAAAUCCAGAAUAUUUUCCUGGUAUUGAUUUCAACUUCAGAAUUUUUGAGGUUGGAUGUGGUGCUGGGAACAGUGUUUUUCCUGUUCUGGAUGAAAUUUGCAAUCCCAGACCAUUCCUUUAUUGCUGUGACUUCUCAGAAUUUGCAGUAGAGCUGGUGAAGUCUCACCCCUCAUACAAUCCAAGCCGAUGUUAUGCCUUUGUUCACGAUCUGUGCAAUGAAGCAGGCGCCACUUACCCGUUUCCAGAUGGAAGUAUUGAUAUCAUUCUUCUUGUAUUUGUGCUUUCUUCUAUUCACCCAAAGAGAAUGCAGAAUGUCAUAAAUAGACUAAGCAAAUUGCUUAAACCUGGAGGGAUGAUAUUAUUUCGGGAUUAUGGCAGAUAUGAUAUGACUCAACUAAGAUUAAAGAAAGGUCGUUGCUUAUUUGGGAACUUCUAUGUUCGGGGAGAUGGUACUUGUGUUUACUUCUUUACAAAAGAAGAAAUUUCAAAUAUAUUCACUUCGGCUGGAUUGAAGGAAGUUCAAAAUUUAAUGGAUCGACGACUUCAAGUUAACCGCAAAAAAAGAAUUGCAAUGCAUCGUGUUUGGGUGCAAUGCAAAUACCUAAAGCCGUCUGUAAACUAUUUAAGAUAAGAUUUAAAAUGUUUAUUUUUGCAUUUUUUUUUAAAUGAUGUUGCUCCAGGUGGAAAAGUUUCACUACUGUAUGCUGUUAAUUUAUUUCUGUUCCUUGAAUGCAUAGGUAUAUUUUUUCCUUUUUUCAAAAUCUAAUUUUACUUUAAAUAUUACAGUGAACCUGAA